AUGAGGGAUACCGUCAAUUUUCUCACUGAAAACGUUCCAUCGAGUUAUAGAAAUCACUUCGCAGCUACUUGUUUGUCGAUAGUAGAUAAAAUCGCCUAUAAAUUUAACCCUUGUACACCAUCGUCAAACAUUAAAAUGUUCCGUUCUUUACUGUUACUAGGCUCGGUGGCCCUAGCCACUUGUUUGUCCAUCUCUUCCGAACUGCCCACCAACUACGAGUACUACACCUCAGAUGGUAUCAAAUCUGGACUAUCCGUUGAUCAACCGUACUUCACCCUGAAUAAUAAAAACAUUUCCAUAUACAGCGGCGCCAUGCAUUAUUUUCGGGUACCUAGAGCAUACUGGUCGGAUCGAUUAAGAAAAAUUAGAGCAGCCGGUCUCAAUGCAGUCGAAACUUACAUAGCUUGGAAUCUCCACGAACCCGAGUCAGGCUAUUAUGAUUUUGGUGACGGCGGUACUACAAUGGAAGACUUUUUGCACCUAGAAGAAUUUUUCGAAACCGCGAAACAAGAAGAUUUGUUCGUAAUUGUUCGACCGGGACCGUAUAUCUGCUCGGAAUUCGAAUUUGGAGCUUACCCCAGUUGGUUACUAAGGGAAAAAAACAACAUCAGAGUCAGAACGUCUGACGAAGUAUAUACGAAAUACGUAAGCAGAUGGUUUAAUGUGCUGAUGCCCAUUUUGGCAAAACACCAAUUUACCAAAGGCGGACCUAUCAUUUCCCUGCAAGUGGAAAACGAAUACGCGUAUUUCAGCGGCGUGGAUAAAGAACAUUUGAAACAGCUUAGGCAACUGAUGUUGGACAACGGUAUCGUCGAACUUUUAACCACCACUGACAACCCGUCUUAUAAAUCUUCCGGUACCAUUCCCGAUUUAUUCUUUAUGACCGGAGAUUUUGGAUCCAAUGCGGCAUCGAACUUUCAGCAGUUGCAAAGUGUACAACCAAACAAACCGGUUAUGGUGAUGGAAUACUAUACAGGCGGAAGUGACGUAUGGGGAGUCACACACAACGGGCACAAGGAUGCAGCCGAGUUUGGACAAACCUUCGAAGAUAUUCUGGCCUAUCCAGGUUCGGUAAACAUUUACAUGUUUCACGGUGGAACCAGUUUUGGAUUUUUAAGUGGUGGGACGAGCUCGAACAAUGACGACUACAAUUCAGGUUUUGCCGGGGGUAAGAUAAACAAUUACGAUUUCGAUGGUUGUUUAAAAGAAGACGGCGACUACGGCGAGAAAUAUUACAUUGUCAAGGACUUAGUGGCAAAAUACGUCCAAAUCCCUACCAAGUUACCACCGAUGCCGGAGAUCAUACCGAGGGUUGCUUAUGCAAACGUGGCGAUAGAAAAGGAAAUACCAUUGGGUAUACUUUUGGCAACGGUGCCGUCUGUUAAAAGUGUGAACGUAAUAGGCAUGGAAGAUAUGGAUAUCAACAACGGUAGCGGGCAAAGCUACGGAUAUACAAUUUACCGAAAACGAAAUUUAAACCUAAAAGCUGGUUCAGUUUUGAAAAUCGUCGGUAGGGUUUGCGACUCGGUUAUAGUAUUGGUGAAUGGCAUACGAGUAUCUCCGAUUUUGGAAACUGUCGCUGAUUUAAAUCAGUUUGGUACAUGGACCACGGUUAACUCAACGAUAACCCUCACUGACGUCGACCUAGAGGAUGCUACGGUAGAUUUGUUUGUCGAAAACUGGGGCCGUGUAUAUUUCGGUUUAUUUAAACAAUAUAAAGGACUCUGGCAGGGUGGAGUCGAAAUCAACGACGAGCCUAUUUACUCCUGGAUCAUCUACGCGCUGGAAUUUAAAAAAUCCUGGACGAAUUCUCUGAAAUACUGGACAGAUGUAUCAUCUACAUCGAGCAUUGAUGAACCGAGGUUGUUUAAAGGCAAUUUGGAAAUAAACGAUACCCCAAGAGACACCUACGUCUAUAUGGAAGAAUGGACAAAUGGCAUUGUUAUAGUUAAUGGAUUUGUACUCGGCAGAUACAGAAGAAUGGGUCCCCAACAAACCUUGUAUCUCCCCGCUCCGUUCCUAAAAAAAGGCUCUAAUGAUAUUGUAAUUUUUGAACAUUUCAGGCCUAAAGGCUAUGUUAGUUUCGUUGCCGAUCCCAUUUAUGCGGUGCAUUAAAUGCUCGUCUAUUAAAAAUUAUACCAACAAAAUUACAGCGCUUAAACGAUUUUUUUAUUGUUGGUUAACACUCCGCGCUUGCUUUUUGUGUAACGCAAAUAUGAUUGCAAUAUUAAUUAUAUUCUGUAACCAAUGUUUGCCGGAAUAUAAUUUUUACACCAAAGACACCGUUAUUUAUCA